AUGUCCGACGCAGACGAAAACGACCUUUUCAACAUCCAAAUCUCCGACUCAGAAGAUGACAAGGCGGAGAAAAAGUCCAAGCGCACCGGUCAGACAGAGGAUGACUUCCAGGCAGUGAAAAACACUUACCAUGCCAAGGUGGAGAAUGGCAAUAUUUACCAAACACUUUCCCUCCCAUUGGGGCCGGAUGCCAACAAACAGCAUGUCCAGGAAGUGAUCCAUGCAGCAGAGGAGCUCUACUUCUUUCGCCGCUAUCAACAGGUCAUCGAUCUCGUAUCAAAGGUCCUAGCCCUUGAAGGCGACAAGGGUGGCUUGGAUGAGGAGUCGAGAGAGCUACUCUCCAUGUAUCAGUCAAGAUGUAGGCAAAAAAUAAAACAAAGUGAUUGA